UACGCUGAGAGCGUGCUUUCCUCUGUUGUUCAAAUUCGCGAAGAGGGCAAGUUGCUGGCUAGGCACCGUGAAACAUGGAAUUUAACGACAGCCUUUUAAUUAAACACACCGAUAACUUAAAGCUGCCGGUCACAGGAACAGUGCACAGACAGCAGAUGACUCUCCACUGUCAGCAGUGCAACGCCGUCCUGGCGGACUCCACAGGCCUCUGUGGAGAGAUGAAAAGCAUGGACUCGCUUAUGUGCUUAAGAGUAACCAACGAUGUAGUCAUUAGUGACAAGAUGGAGUCAGGACAUAAAGGGGAAAUGACUAAUUGCAUCUACAGCUCUUUAAAAUGCCGUGGCUGCCGCUGUGCUCUGGGGAAAGUCAUUCACUCAGCACCCUCACGUUUGGCUCUGAUUCGGUCCAUCUUUCUCCUCUACAAAGCAAACAUCAACUGUUACAUCCUCAACAGCAGCUCCCUGGUGAAGGCAUCCACACUCACAUUUGAUCAGAAGCCGCUCAGAGAAAGCAUGAAUGAGGUGAGACAACAGUUUGAAGCACAGCUGGAACAGAUGUCACGCAUUAAGAACAGACUGGUAGACAGAAGUGUUACCAGUAAUAUGGUCAACUAGUGUACACAGGACACCCAGCUCGACCUGGGAUUAGGGAAAAUAUGUUCUUCAUUCUGCUGCGUACUGUAGAUGGGUUUUUGGUGAUGGUGGCAUUUAUGCGCCUCCAUAUUCUUGUAAAGAAAAUUAUAUCACUAAUAAUGGAUUAGAGCUGAAAUGUGUUUGUUCCAUUGGAAAACUAAGGGAAGAUCAGUGAACGGUAAUAUCUCAGAUUGUAUGUAAACGAUGGAUGCAGCUCGAGCAUUCAAGAGUGUGAAUACUUAAACCUGACACAAACCUGCAUUCUUUAGAAGGACCAGCAGAGGGCACCUCCUCAUUGAAAAAUCAAUUCUUACUGUAAAGAUGGAAAAACCGUCCCGCUUCUUUGAUCUUCCACUUUCCUGUUGAGUUUAUGGCCUCGGUCACUAUUUUUAAGUCUUACUGAAUACAGCAUGAUUGUUUUAUUUUGUAAAUUAUGGCCCCACUUAGGCUAUAAGGAUACAAAACAAAACUGUAUGCUUUAUGAUUGGCUAGUUGCUACUGUGUGACCAUGAAGUGUCCUUUGUUAAUCAGUCAGAUUCACCCCUCCCUUCUGAUGUGUUGCUUGCUGACCAGAAUGCUUCAGAACUGGACCUCACUGUGCCAACAUCCAUCUUUUACAUACAGUCUAUGUCGACAGCUACUAAGUGAAAUUACUUUUUUAGUCAUUUUCUUAAUUGUUGUAGGUUAAAUCAGGGCAUUGUUAUGAAAUAUAAAUGUCAUUCCACCUGUAUUGUUACUUUGGUUCAAAACAUUGUUGCUGGUAGCCUCACAAGGUAUUUGUCUAAAAUGGCAGAAUGCAGAUAUUAACAAUUGUUACAGAUGAUGGCAACAGUUGACACAGCUUCUCAGAUCCCUUCUCUGCUGCUGAUAAUGCCAUGAAAGCAGCGUGGCAUUUUGUCUGGUGACUUCUUGCCAACUUUUGAGAUGUAUGGUCAAUGUUCAGUCACGCUCAGUUCAGUUCAAUUAAAAUGUCAAAGUAAUCUUGAUUUACUGUAGUUUGUAAUGGACAGCAUACACUCAGUGGCCACUUUAUUAAGUACAUCUUGCCAGUACUGUUUUUGCCUUCAGAUCUACACUAAUUCUUAAUGGCACAGAUUCCGCAAGACGUUUGAAACAUUUCUCAGGGAUAUUGGUCCAUUUAGAGAUGAUAGCAUCACACAGUUACUGCACAUCCAUGUUGUGAAUGACCCGUUUCACCACAUUCUAAAGGUGCUGUAUUGGAUUGAGAUGUGGUGACUGUGGAGGCCACUUGAGGCCACCACUACCAGUCUGAAACUUUGAUUAUGAAAGUGAGAUCGAUCCAUACUUGCAUAUUGUUUAUGCCAAAUUCUGACCCUACCAUCCUCUUGCUCUCGUAACCUUCUGUUGUUCAGUUUUUGUAGCCUGAGUUUCCCAUUCUUAGCUUUGCCUUAAUUUUCUUAUGCUUGCAUAAUGACAAUAAGACAAUCCCCUCUUACUGAGAGGAGUGGCACUUGCUGUGAUCAUCUCUAUCUGCUUCAAGGCUGGACAUAUUGUGUUUUAAGACAUGUUUUUCUGCAUAGCUUGAAUGGGUGCAUAACUGCUAAUUUAAAUUAUUAUUUUUGACAGCAGUUUCUGCCGUACUCAUUCAAACAACCAUGUCACAUUCAGUGUCAGUAAAUUACUUUUUCUCCCCGCUCUGAUGCUCGGUUUGAACUUCAGCAGAUCAUCUCAACAACAAACAUAGCCCUCAAUGCUUUGAAUUGCUGCCAUGUGAUCGACUGCUUAGAUAAUUCUAUUAAAAAGCAGUUGAACCUAAUAAAGUGGCCAGUGAGUGUAUAUCUCAUGUAUUUUGCUGUAAAUGCUAUUUUGUUAAUAAAGUUAAUUGUUCCCAUGAUUUUAGGAUCAACAGUUCAGUGAGAGCAAAGGUAGUUUUGUCCCUGCUUACAAUCUUCACACCAAGCUAGAAUUAGGUUCAAAUCUUCCUUCAGUAAUCAUUUUCUGGUGUGUAACCAGCCUCAGAGUGGUAUUAAGGACAACAAACCUUUGGUUUGUUGGUUCGUGUUAUAUGGCAUUCAAACUGUAGUCGACACCCAUCAAUUUAAUUGGCACCAUGCUGCAUUUUAUUGCUGAACUUCUGAUACAGAUUCUUUUUUCUUUUCUUUUUUUUUUUUAAAGUUAAUACAAAACCAGACAAGAGGCUCACACAUAACAAGCAUGCCCAUUUCCUCCCUCUGGAGUGCAUAGUUUCUACACAGUCCACGUCCUCUGUGGAAAAGUUGAUCAACAAAGUGAUGUCGUUAAUCUUACCUAAGCUCUUGAUAUAUAUUUUUUCUUUUUUUUUUUUAAUGGGAACAAAGGUUGAUUUGUUUUUCAGCUGCACUGUGGCUACACUGUCAGGUCAUAUUUGACACAAUGGAGAACUACUCUGUUCUUUACUGUAUCAAACUAGCAGGUAGUCUGUAAAACUGUUGAAGCUUUUUCAGCGUGCUCGCCGUUGUGUCAAACAAGUCCUCACAGAACAUCCAAAAUGAACAUUUCAGUUUCCUAAUUACACUCAUUCACAUUACAAAGUUGGAUUAUUGCAUGCAAUACAAAUCAUUCAUUAUUCUGCUAAGACAUGCAUAUUUUUUAAACCCAUAUAUUAAUGUUGCUAGAUGUCUACUUGCUUAUAAAUUUUUGAUUACAAAUUCCAAGAAAGAGCAUUACAGGGUUGUUAGAACAAAGUAUCCAAGACAGGGUGGAGAUGAUGACGGUGCAAGUCAGUACAUAGAGAGAGAAAGUGCUUUUCAAACAAGUGUCAAGUUCGCUCAGUGAGGCCUUUACAGUUACAGAAUUACUUCAAUGUUUAUUUCUAAAUAAGAAGUGGGCUUUGAAUGGAUGUAAAAAUGCUACGACUGAAGUUUAAAGCAUCUCUCGUGUACUGAUGUAAUAACAUGACGCUACAGCUGCUCUAGAAUACAAUUUGUUCUGCAGAAAAUAUCCUAAACUUUCAGUGAUGAAUCCAUAACUCCCCAAUGAAAGAAGUGUCUAAUUGACUGCGUGAGCAAAAAAUAAAUAAAAUAAAAAUGGGUGGAUAUAACCCUUUCCAUGUGAUGCUACAGAAACCUUUAAACACUUUCACCCGGGCACUAAACUCAUGCAUUAUUGUAGGUUAUUGCUUCUAAAACUCUAAUCAAAUACAAUUUUAUGGAUUAAAAUAUAACGCUCUGAAUCCCAAAACUAUGAGGUAAUAUGUACAAUGUGAUGUCACUGAGAGAUCAUUAUUCUAGGACUAAAAGUCAAUGUCGGAUCCUUACCAAUCAGAUCCAAAUCUAGGAUUAAAUUUAAUCUCAUUCGUAAUAGAACAUUUCUUCGUCACCAUCACACGUGAGACUUGGGAGAUUUUUGGCUUUUGCAUAUUAACUAAUUCUUUUAAUGCUUUAUAGUGCAUAAAUAAAAGAAGUUACUUAUUUUAAGCAUAUAUGCUAUAGUAAAUGACUUGUUUAAAUACUUAACUUACCCUGAUUGUGCCUUACAUUAGUUUUAUUUCGAUUGCACAAACUAGUCAUGUGAUGAAAAUGAGAUUUUGCAGUAGAGUCUAGAGUAAAGCUGUGUCUCUAUGCAGUGUAUUUAAAUGUACCUAAGUCUACCACCCUUUAACUUCGCUGAAAUAGUUUCCAAAGUUUGGCGCUCCAGCUUAGCCUAGAAAUCGAUUUCACUAUUCCUCAUGAAGCAAGCA